AUGGGUUACAACGAGAAGUCGGUGGACGUCCAGUCCGGAUCUCCACGCACGCAAUCCCCAGUCCAGGACGACAUCGAGGUGGGCGAGCAGCAAGUAUUGAAGCGCAACUUGAAGGGUCGACAUAUGCAGAUGAUUGCGAUUGGCGGUAGUAUCGGCGCUGGUCUUUUUGUCGGCUCGGGGAAAGCUUUGAAUUCGGGCGGUCCUGGCAUCCUGGUCAUCGACUUCAUCAUCAUCGGGAUGAUGUUGCUGUUUACUGUGAACGCGCUUGGAGAGCUUGCUGCCCUCUACCCGGUCGCUGGAUCCUUCUACAACUACUCGAUUCGUUUCAUUGAUCCUGCUUGGGGAUUUGCCAUGGGAUGGAACUACGGCAUGAAUUGGCUCAUUGUCCUGCCGUUUGAAUUGACCGUUGCUGGUGUCACCAUCGCUUUCUGGACGGAUGCAGACGGAUCUGGCAACCCAUCUAUCGACAUCGGGGUCUGGAUCACCAUCUUCCUGGUCUUGGUCUGCGCGAUCAACAUUUUUGGUGUCAAGGGAUAUGGCGAGGUUGAAUUUGUCCUCGGUUGCGUCAAGAUCGCGGCGAUCAUUGGCUUCAUCAUCCUGGGUGUGAUCAUAGAUUGCGGUGGCGUUCCGACGGAUACGCGUGGCUAUAUCGGUGCUCGCUAUUGGCACUCACCUGGUGCCUUCAAGAACGGCUUCAAAGGUUUCUGCUCCGUGUUUGUCACUGCGUCUUUCGCAUUCGGUGGCACCGAGUUUGUUGGUCUGGCUGCAGCCGAGGCGGCAAACCCGCGAAAGUCGAUUCCCAAGGCGACGAAGCAGGUCUUCUGGAGAAUCGCCCUGUUCUACGUUAUCUCGCUCUUCAUCCUCGGGCUCAUCGUCCCAUCGGACAAUGGGGACCUCUCGUCUGCCUCUGGAGGAAACACCCGCUACUCGCCGUUCGUCUUGUCCUUCAAACUCGCCGGUAUCAAGGUGCUCCCUUCCAUCUUCAACGCCGUGAUUACCAUCUCCGUGCUCUCCGUCGCCAACUCCUGCACGUUCGCCUCCACCCGCACUAUCCAGGCCCUCUGUGCUGCGGGUAUGGGUCCCGCGAUUGGGGCCAAGGUCGACAGGAAGGGACGCCCCUGGGUGGUCAUGAUCGUUGCCCUCCUCUUUGGAUGCCUCGCGUAUAUCAACGAGGCCUCGUCGGGCGGAACCAUCUUCAACUGGCUGCUCUCCAUCUCCGGCCUCUCCAACUUCUUCACCUGGGGAUCCAUCUGCCUCGCCCACAUCCGCUUCCGCCAGGCUUGGAAGCGCGCUGGCCGCACUACCGACGACCUGCCCUUCGCGGCCAUGUUUGGCACCACCGGCUCGUGGAUCGGGCUGAUUCUCAAUGUCCUCUGCCUCAUCGCCCAGUUCUACGUUGCCAUGUGGCCCAUUGGGGGAAAGCCCGACGCCGAGGUCUUCUUCCAGUCGUAUCUCGCCGCUCCGAUUGUCCUCCUGUUCUUCGUCGGAUACAAGCUCUUCUACAGACAGUGGUCUUUUGGUGUCAGGAUCGCCGACAUCAAUGUGGAUGAAGGUCGCCGGGAACUUGAUCUUGAUGCCUUCAAAGCCGAGUUGGCAGCUGAGAGAGCCGAACAGGCGCAAUGGCCGAAAUGGAAGCAAUACUGGAACUUCUGGUUCUAG